AUGAAGUCAUCUGAUUUCCAUCCAGUUUCUUGCAGCCUAUUAUUGGCCGCUCUAACACUAGGUCAACCUCUGAUCAGUCCUGUUCCAAGUACCUAUCAGUUAUACAAUGAUAGUUUACUGAUGGGCGUCUGGUAUAAUCGAAUAUCGGCCACGGCUGCAGCGGCUGAUGGAGCCAAUGGUGUCAACCAACAGUGGGAACAAGGAACAUCAACAGUUUGGUAUAUUGAACUUCAACGCUUCGAUUGCGAUGAUGUAACAGCUGCCGUCUACGCCAACCGUCCAAGUCUAUUAUCAAAUGGUGAAAAUAUUUUUAACUGGGGUUUUUCAAAGCAAACUGUUGAUGGUGGAUUCAAUAAUUGUUCUAACUGUACUACACCUAUGCAGGGCACGGGAGAUGCGUUCCACAGUACAUCAAUGUUUGUUGAAGCAGUAGCCAGGUGUCUGAUACUCAUGUGGCAAUCACCAAACUUUGUCACAUAUGAGUCGUAUUUUAAUCAAGUUGUCCCCAAAUUAAUUCGAGCAGCUAGUUGGCUCUUGGUGCCAUCUGUUCUGACCAUAGGUAUCAAAAAUGACAUGCCUUAUACACAUCGACGAUACAUUUUGGCGGCUGCUCUUGCCGAAACUGCUCUACUCACGAAUGAUUCGUCGCUUCAACAACAAUUUUAUUCACAAGCAGCUACGUUCGCUCAAAACGGUUUGUCACUGCAAGAUCCAAGUGGUUUCAAUCCAGAGAAGGGCGGCUAUGAUUCAAGUUAUAAUGCAUAUGGCCUAUAUCAAGCGUGCAACUAUUUAGUGGUGUACCCCAACGUCAGUCUCCGACAGGAGUUAGCAAACAUGCUGUCGAACUCUUUUGCAUGGCAGCUGACACGAAUGAAUCCGAAUGGAAGUGCAAAUUUAACGGGUAAUACUCGAGUUACCGCUGAUAAUAAUACAGAUGAAGUGGCUAGAAGCGGUUACGAUAAGGACUAUGAUUAUAAAUCAACAAUUUACGCAUUUGAACUCGGAUCCGUAUUACUUCAGAAUCAAACGCUACAUAAUGAAGCACAAUUAGUCGCCAUUUAUAAGGGUUACUCACAUUAG